ACGAAAUUGUCUCAAGUUGUUAGGAGAUACAUGUUAUCGGACAAUUUGACUACAAAUGUGAAGUUAUCGGACAAUUGGACAACAAUUUUACUGCUGAAAUGGAGACGCCAGACUCGCCAUCAUCAAGCUUUGUCUCGAUGGCGAGUGACAAGUCAAUGGAAAAAACAGGGGGCAAUUUCGCAAGUUGGCAUCCAUCAGCAACAGCAUCACAGGUGCAUGCAUUGAGUGAGCCAAAUGAACCUCAGGAGGAGAGACUCUGCAUACAGCACUGCAAACCUCUUGAAGUGUUUUGCAAGACAGACCAGCGAUUGAUCUGUAAACUCUGUGAAACUGAGGAACACAGAGGUCACAACAAAAACUACAUGGCACAAAGACCAGAUUCUCCUGCUCCCACCUGUGUGUCCCUGAAGAGUCAUCAAUCAAUGCAACCCAACAUCAACUUUGACCAUGGAGAAAAAAGCAGUGUAAAAAGUGCUGAAGUAGAGAUGCCAGACUCACCAUCAUCAAGCUUUGUCUCGAUGGCUAGUGACAACUCAAUGGAUAAAACAGGGGACAAUUUUGCAAGUUGGCAUCCUUCAGCAACAGCAUCACAGGUGCAUGCACUGACUGAGCCGAAUGAACCUCAGGAGGAGAGACUCUGCCUACAGCACCACAUACCUCUUGAAGUGUUUUGCAAGACAGACCAACAAUCGAUCUGUAAACUUUGUGCAACUGUGGAACACAGAGGUCACAACAAAAACUACAUGAUCCUCCAUGAGUUGGAAACAUUGUCCCUAAUUGAGCAAACACUAGACAAUGUAGACAUGGACAAAUUUAUGAGUUAUUUAUGUCAGAAUUACCCAGAAUGCUUUGACACUCCUGUGGAGAUUCUUGAAGUCCACAAAGUAUCUAAACUCAUUCUAGAGAGAUUUCAUUCAGAGGGUGCCCUGAAAAUAACACUAAAAUUCAUGCUUGAGAAAGGAAAGCAUGUUCAGACCAUGGAGGAUUACAUUAAAUCUAAAUUACAGUGUCAUCUUAAAUCAAAAUUUGAGUGUAUACAUGAAGGAAAUGCUCAGCAAGGGAAUCCGAUUCUUUUAAAUGACAUCUUCACUGAGCUUAUCAUCACAGAAGGAGGAAGUGGAGGUGUCAAUAAUGAACAUGAGGUCAGACUGAUUGAGGAAGCGUCAAAGAACAAGGGCAUGCAAGAAAAGACUAUACAAUACAAUGAUAUCUUUCAGCCUUUACCAGGACAGAGAAAACGGAUCAGAACUGUGCUAACAAAGGGCAUAGCUGGGAUUGGAAAAACAGUCUCUGUACAUAAAUUCAUUUUAGGCUGGGCAGAAGGAAAAGCAAAUCAGAAUAUUCAUUUUGUAUUCCCACUUCCUUUCCGAGAUCUGAAUCUGAAGGGAAAUGGCAAAUAUAGUGUAAUGCAACUUGUUCAUCAGUACUUUCCAGAACUUAAAGAUCUUAAAUCUAUCAGGAGUGAAAAAGUAAAAAUAGUGUUUAUCUUUGAUGGUCUGGAUGAAUGCCGACUUCCUCUUGAUUUCAAGAACAAUGAAAUGUGUUGUGACUUGGCAAAGAAAAUAUCUGUGGAUGUGCUGUUAACAAACCUCAUUGUGGGAAACAUACUUCCUUCUGCUUUCCUUUGGAUAACCUCUCGGCCAGCAGCAGCCAGUCAGAUCCCUUCUGAGUGUGUUGACCAGGUGACAGAGAUACGAGGAUUCAACGACUCAGAGAAGGAACAGUACUUUAGGAAGAGGUUCAGUGUACCAGGCCUUGCUGACAAAAUUGUUGCACACAUAAAGUCUUCAAGGAGCCUCCACAUUAUGUGCCACAUACCGGUUUUCUGUUGGAUAUCAGCCACAGUUCUAGAGAAGAUGCUAGGAAGAUCAGGCUGCAUAGAAGUGCCCAAAACUCUGACUCAGAUGUAUACCCACUUCCUCCUCAUUCAAACACACCUGAAGAAUAAGAAGUACCAUGGAAUGAUUCAGGAUGAAAUAGACCUGACACAAUCUGAUAAAGAGAUGAUCAUCAAACUGGGGAAACUAGCAUUUCUGCAGUUAGAGAAGGGAAAUAUGAUUUUCUAUGAAAAAGAUCUGACAGAAUGUGGUAUUGAUGUCAGCAAAGCUUGUGAGUACUCUGCAAUUUGCACUGAAAUAUUCAGAGAGGAGUUUGGUUUGUACCAGGAAAAGGUCUUCUGCUUUGUGCAUCUGAGUAUUCAGGAGCAUCUUGCUGCAGUGUAUACGCAACUUCAGUUUGUAAACAGUAACAUGAACAUACUCAGAAAGAACACAGAAAAUCAGCGUGAAAUUGUAAAGAUGUCACAUCUGCACAAGAGUGCUGUGGACAGAGCAUUGCAGAGUGAAAAUGGACACUUCGACCUUUUCCUUCGCUUUCUGCUUGGACUGUCACUUGAGUGUAAUCUGGUUCUGUUGAGGGGACUGCUGUCAAAAUACAGUGUGGAAAGCCUUGACGAAACAGUGGAUUACAUUAAAGAGAAGAUCAGAAAGGAGUUCUCCGCAGAACGAACCAUCAACCUGUUUCACUGUCUGAAUGAAAUUAAUUACAACGCUAUACUGGAUGAAAUACAUAGUUUCCUGAAAUCAGGCAGGCAUUGUGAAACGGAGCUUAAACCUGACCAAUGUUCAGCUCUGGCGUAUGUGCUGCUAACAUCAGAUGAUGUGAUGAAUGAAUUUGACAUGAAGAUGUGCAACACAUCUUUGGAGGGAUAUCGAAGGUUGUUGCCAGUUGUCAGGACCUCAAGGAGGGCCAUCCUUGCUGGUGUCAACCUCACAGAUGAAUCUUGUGAAACUCUGGCUUUAGUUCUGCAGUCAGUGAACUCACACCUGACAGAACUGGACUUAAGCUUCAACAGUUUGGGAGAUUUAGGAGUCAAGCUUCUAUGUGCUGGGCUCUCAAGUCCACACUGUAAACUAGAGGAACUGAAUCUCAGCCAUAAUGAGUUGGAACAUAUAGGAGUGAAGCUGCUUUGUGAUUGCCUGAUGGGUCUGCAUUGUAGACUAAAGAUACUUGGGCUGGCAGGCACCAGUUUUUCAGAACGAUCUUGUGAAUUGAUAGCCUCAGUUUUCCAGUCUGCUAACUCACACCUGAAAGAACUGGACCUUGGCUGUAACAACAUAAGAGACUCUGGAGUGAAACUUCUCUCUACUGGACUGAUCAGUUCACAGUGUAAACUAGAGAAACUUGGGUUGGACAGAUGUGAUCUCACACAUGAAUCUUGUGAAGCCAUUAAAACUGCUCUGCAGUCAACUAGCUCAUAUUUGAGGGAGUUAGAUCUCAGUUACAAUAAUCUGGGAGACUCAGGGGUAAAACAACUCUGUGAUGGGCUAACACAUCCAAACAGCAAACUAGAAAAACUUGAUCUUAGUUACAACAAUCUUGGUGAUUCUGGAGUAAAACUUCUCUCUGCUGGACUGAAAAAUCCGGACUGUAAACUGAAGAGCAUAAGACUUGCUGAUGUCAGUAUUCCCAAUGAAACAUGUGAAAAUCUGGCCUCAGUUCUACAGUCAGCAAAUCCACACCUGAGGGAACUGGAUCUAAGUAAAAAUUACAUAGGAGAUUCAGGACUGUCACUGCUCUGUGCUGGACUGAACAGUCCAAACUGUACAUUAGAGAAACUGAGUCUGUGCUGGUGUAAUCUCACAGAGAGGAGCUGUUCAAACCUAGCCACAGUUCUGAGUUCCCACACUGGCUUGAAAGAACUGGAGUUGAGAGACAAUGAUCUGCAGGAUUUAGGCGUGAAGAAGCUUUGUGUUGGUCUUCAGGAUUCAAAGUGCACACUGCAGAGACUGGGACUUUCAGGCUGUUGUGUUACAGAAGAAGGCUGUAUUGCUCUGCAUUUUGCUCUGAGCUCAAAUCACUCACAGCUAAGAGAGCUUGAUCUCAGCUAUAAUCACCCAGGAAAGUCUGGGGUGAGACAGCUAUAUGCAAUACUAGAAGAUCCACGCUGUAAACUGGAAAAACUGAGUGUGGAACAUGAUGGUGACUGCAGGAACAAGCCAGGCCUGAAGAAAUAUGCUUGUGAGAUCACACUGGACCCAAACACAGCACACAGAACCCUGUCCCUGACUGGGAGCAAAAAGGUGACAAUGACGAAAGGGGAGCAGCCAUACCCGGACCAUCCAGAUCGGUUUGAGUACUAUGCUGAGGCUUUGUGCAGAGAAAUCCUACAUGGGGCUCGCUUCUACUGGGAGGUUGAGUGGACUGGGAAUGUUGUUUACAUAGGGGUGACUUACAAAGGGAUCAACAGGAAAGGACGUGGAAGAGAUUGCAAACUGGGGAUGAAUAACAAGUCUUGGAUUCUGUUCUGUUCUAAUGAUUAUGGGUAUUAUGUCAGUUACAAUAACAAAGAAACUGUGGUCCCAACCCCACCUAAUCCCUCCAAAAGAAUGGGGAUCUAUCUGGACUGGCAGGCUGGCAGGCUUUCAUAUUUUAUUAUUUCUCCUGAGAGGGUGUACCACAUUUACACCUUUCACACAACAUUUACAGAACCUCUGUAUCCAGGCAUCAGGGUUUAUAACUAUGAUGAUACUGUCACUUUGUGUGAGCUGGAAUAAAAUAUGAGCACCACUUUAUAGAAGGGAAAAUUAGUUCUCAGACUAAUAGGCUGUGAGGUAUUAAUCCAGGAGUAAUGCAGCCUUUAAGGUCAGGGAAUUCUUAGCUUUUGUUUGUGUAGACAUGUGUUGGGAAUAGCGGAGCAAUGGAUCUCAGCCAGCCCUGAAGAUCUGUUCAGUAGGUCCUAUAACAUGUAAGCUAUAUCUAGUAGGGUGAAUAUCAAGAAGAAGGGGGACUGGUUGAGGAGCCCAGAGGACUUAUUAUGAUCAAUCUGAUGUUCACAGAACAAGCUUUAAGCAUUGCAUUGGUUUGUCAAGUUGUUUAAUCUCAUCUGGAAUAAUUUGUCAUUUUGAUAGCAAUUAAUUUUGAACUCAAAAUCUGAAAAGCUUUUUCCUAAGUGUUAAUUCUUUUCAGUUUAGUGAGAAAUAUUCACUCUGUAAGCAAUUUUCUAAAUUAUAUUUAAAUAAAUAGAAUUUAAAUAAAUUCACACUCUUAAACUAGCAGUCCUAUACUUUUAUACACUAGUGUUACUUUUCCCUGCUUACAGUAUUCUGUCAUUACAUAUUUUGACUCUUUAGGUAUGAACUGUAUUAUUAAUUUCUGUGUAUGUAUUUUUCAUAUAACUAUUUGUUAUGAUGUAUUGCAUACAAUCUGGUUGUUAGUUUAGGACUACUUCAGCUUUAACUUUAAACCCCAGAGAAUGGAGUUGUAUUAACCUUUAUUCUUUCUUGAUUUUGACGAUAUUCUUUUCAUGUCCUAGUCUUUGAAUAAUGUGGUUUUUAAUGUGGUUUCCAUGUUUGGAUAAACACUGGUCUUCACAAUUUGGACUUCUUUUUUAAAUGUAAAAUUAGUUCAUUUUCAAAAGUAU